ACAUCACCUCUUGUUUCUACCGGUCUGCAGAAACGGGCGCACUGGCGGUUUGCUUCAAAACAUUAUGGCGUCGAAAAGAACAUCAACAGUGCCAAGUACUUUUAAAAGUACCGAAGCUAAGAGCUCGAGUAGCGGGAGCAAUGCUGGUAACCACAACAUCACCGGAACUGGAAAGAAAAGUGCUAAAUCAAGUGGAACUAUCGUCAAGUCUCGAUACAUGCAGGCUGCUGAGAAGACAUCGCUUUCAAAGAGUAACUCACUGACCAACGAGUCUAUUGCUGCUCCGCCGCGACCUUCCUCACCAAAACCCAGCGGUGUAAAACCGAGAGUGGGCACUCCGCCACGACGCUCAAUGGCCCACCAGACUCCAGGAACAUCGAUGAUGUCACGAGAAAAUGAGCCUUCGUUGCUUGGGAAAAGUAUUCUGCAGUCCACUUUCUCAGAUGGACACUACUUUCGACCCAAUUUUGAUAUUUCAGUCAUCAAAGAAAAAACUAUUGUUGAAAAUGCAGUCGAGCACGACAGGAAUCCAGAGAAUACUAAGAGGAUCGUUGAGAUGCAAACGUUCCUACUGGCCUACAUCACUGCUAAGAUGGAGAGCAAUACUGCAAAGGCAGAAGCUGAGGCAGAGGCCAGGAUCAUGCAGGAGAUGGAGGAAGAAGAGGCGCUGCAUAAUGAGGUCCAGGAAAAGAAACGCCAGUACCUCCUCAUGGAGCAGGACAGGCUACUGAAUGAGCUGCUGGAUUUACAGAUCGCCGCACUGACUCCUGUGGUGGAAACUGCCAAACAAUUCACAAAGGACUACAAGUCUUUCGCCACAGCCGUCGACACCACGCGACAUGAACUGCCUGUCCAGAAUUUCUACAUUGAUGGGGACAGAAUGGAAUUCCUAGAUAAAGCCGAGGCUUGCCUGAAGGAGAGCGAAAUGUUGCUGUUGCAGUGCACGGAUGGAGAUCUUAAGGACAACAGCACUUCCCUGGAGUCCCUUAGGGACAUGAAAACGACAUCAAAGACCAUAAGCCAGCAGCUUUCUGGUACAUUUUCAGAGCUGCUGGAAUUGUCAUCGUUGGUCUGCCGUCAUACAAUCCAUGUCCAGCAGGCCACCGAGGAAGAACAGCUUGGAACUGCAAGAACCCACGAGCUCUUUUGCCCCAAACGAUGAAAGCUACCACACAGCGUGAAACACAGUAUAUGCACUUUGGAUACCCCUGAAGUAUUUGUACCGUUUGUGUUUUGUUUUUAUGUAUCCUGUCAGAUUUCUUUAUGGCUGUAUUAUGAUAUGUUGUCAUGCUAAAUAGUUACUGAUAAUUGAUGAUAAUUUGCUUUUCAAUACUCUUAUUGAUUAAAACAGGUAAUAAACACACACAAAUGUCUAAAUGAA